GUGGGGCCCCGCGCCGCCGCCUCACGGAGCCACCGCCAUCUUGUUUCUCGGCCGCUGGGCGCUCGCUGUGCUCCGGCCGCCCCCCUCCCCCUCCUUCCCGCCUCCCGCCAACCGGGCCGGAGGCAGCGCGGCCGCCGGGCGGAGGAGGCGGAGGUCGCGGCGCCGGUCGCCCCGGUUCCUUACCUGGAGUUCUUCCUGUCUUGCUUUGAGACUGAAAAUACAAUCUUCUGACCUCCUCUUUCAUCCCCUGUCAGAAUCCCCUUCGGCUCUUCCCACGCCUCCUGUGUCCUCUUCUCAGGUUGAUGAAAGAAAAAUACAACUGUCACAGAGUCUGCCUUGGGAAGCGUAGGCUGCAGGAGCUACCAGAAUGUCCACGGAUGGUGGCUUCGGCACAGCUAGCAACAGCGAUGCCCAGCAAAGCCUCCAGUCCUUCUGGCCACGAGUCAUGGAGGAGAUACGCAACCUCACAGUGAAAGACUUCAGAGUUCAAGAACUCCCUUUGGCUCGUAUUAAGAAGAUAAUGAAACUAGAUGAAGAUGUGAAGAUGAUUAGUGCAGAAGCUCCUGUGUUGUUCGCCAAGGCAGCUCAGAUAUUCAUAACAGAAUUGACUUUGCGAGCAUGGAUACACACAGAAGAUAACAAGCGCAGGACUCUGCAGAGGAAUGACAUUGCCAUGGCAAUUACAAAGUUUGAUCAAUUUGAUUUUCUUAUCGAUAUUGUUCCAAGAGAUGAACUGAAACCUCCAAAGCGGCAGGAGGAGGUGCGUCAGGCUGUGACCCCAGCGGAGCCCGUCCAGUAUUAUUUCACGCUGGCUCAGCAGCCUGCUGCAGUGCAGGUUCAGGGCCAACAGCAAGGCCAACAGACCACCACGUCUACAACUACCAUCCAGCCAGGACAGAUCAUCAUCGCCCAGCCUCAGCAAGGGCAGACCACCCCUGUGACGAUGCAGGUUGGAGAAGGCCAGCAGGUCCAGAUAGUGCAGGCUCAGCCGCAAGGACAGACCCAGCAGGCUCAGAGUGGAACUGGGCAGACCAUGCAAGUCAUGCAGCAGAUCAUCACCAAUACAGGAGAAAUCCAGCAAAUACCGGUUCAGUUGAAUGCUGGCCAGCUGCAGUAUAUCCGCUUAGCCCAACCUGUGUCAGGCACCCAGGUAGUCCAGGGGCAGAUCCAGACGCUUGCAACCAAUGCACAGCAGAUAACGCAGACAGAAGUCCAGCAAGGGCAGCAGCAGUUCAGCCAGUUCACAGACGGGCAGCAACUUUAUCAGAUCCAGCAAGUGACCAUGCCUGCAGGCCAGGACAUCACCCAGCCCAUGUUCAUUCAGUCCACCAACCAAACCUCAGAUGGCCAAGCCACACAAGUGACAGGAGACUGAACAGGGACGUUGUAGCGAGUCUUCCCUCUGCGUGGAAGCGAACACGUACCAGCUUGACGCUUGCCAUACCAACCUGGUCUGAUGAAUACAUCUGCUUCUGUGUAUCUGUACUUGAUAUUAAGCCUAUAGUAGGCUGCAAUCUCUGGUGCACUAUACACCUUCCUCUGGUGGGUAUGAGAGAAUAUCCAACAGACACUGACAAUAAUGCAAUAUUUUUAUUUUUAUUUUUAGAAAUCAAGAUUUCGGUAUAUUCAGCUGCCUGUUCAGACCCAUAAAGCUGAAAGAGAACUAAUCAAAAGGAAUUUGUAGCAUCUCAUUGAACAACGUGUAAAAUAUUUUUACCUAGUACAAUUAUUGAAGGGUGCUGCAUCUGGUUUGUUGUAAGAGCUUUAUUCCUGGUAUUCUGUUUGUAAUUUUUCCUCUGAAUAGAGCUAGAUUCAGUCCUCCCAUCUCAGUGGUUUGUUAGGUAGGGGUGUAUGGGGGGCAUGUGUGUGUUAGAUUUUCCUCUCCUGCCUCCUUUUUUGGUAAGCAUUGGCUGUAUGCAGCUUGAGGGCAGGGAGUAGGGGAGGAGUAAUUAAAGUGAAAACAAAAAAAAACAUUCCUUGUAUCAUGACUGUAUUUUCUAAGGGCAAAAGAUUCUUUAAUUUGGCCUGGUUUAUUCCAGAAACACUAAUGGAAGUCUGGACAAAACCCAGCCCUGCUGUUAACUGUUGUACUAGCUUCAGGCAAUGCAUGUAAUAUAAGCUUCAUAAAGUGAAAUAAAUUUCCUUUUUAAGAUAA